UCAUAGCUUCCGCUUCCUGGAUCAGUUAGGAAGCUUUUGCUUACUGGGUCCUGCUCAAGUUGGCUCAGGUACAAGUACUUCCUUCUUCACCUUCAAAGUCUCGGCCUUGCUGAUACUCUGAUAUCCGAAGGGAAGAUUAUCAAACCGGAGACACAGAAAUCAACCCAUUAAUCAGGUACCUAAGGAGACCAAAUCAACUUUCGUUCUCUGGAAAUUUACGGUCUGGUUCUAGUUAUUGCUGAGAUAAUUUUCGAUUUUCCUAUUUGGGGUUCUAUUGAUUGUAUUGAAAUGUGCCUCUAAUGUCAUUCCCUCAUCUGGGUCCUAUCGAAUUCUGUCGAGUUCUAUGAUUAUUCAAGGGAUAUAUUGGGUUUUCAGGCUAUGAUCUUUUGGGAUGCUCAGAAAGAUAGGUGGCAAUUGGAAAUUAAGUUGAAAACUAAGAACUUUGAGUUGUUUUCUAUCUGGGUUAUGAGUUUCAGGAUUUUCUGCUUAGUUUUGCCUAAAAAAGAAUUACAGUAGCACUUAGUUGGGUUGAUUUACGAGGAUUGCAUACUUUUAAGAUUACAAUCAAGGCGUUAAUGCUCUUGUAAUGGCACUUGCAUUUGUCUGGAACCUUCAAAAUCUUUGGCCCUUUUCGAUACUCAAAUCCGAUGACCUGAAAGUUUCUAAUGAAUUAGUAAGCAAACUAACAAUACCUGAACACACGAAACAGUUUGUUUACGCCGUUCGGGAGCCUGAAACUCAGUCUGUAAUUUACAUACUUUCUGCUCAAAGUUUAUCAGAGGGGUCAGCAUUGGAUGCUGAUUGUCUUAUUAGGGAGGUUAGACCUGAUGCUGUUAUUUCCCAGGUGGGUCUUUCAACUGUGACUGAAAUUCAAUCUGAAGAGACUGUAUUAAGAGAUGGUUUUGACAACUCAGUUCCCACUUCUUCGUUUAAAGUUCUCAAAAGAUGUUUUCUGGAGAAGGUUAAUAAGGAGAAGUAUGAGGAUAUUGCAGGAAACUUGGUUUUACAAGAGAUCUUUGGGGUUGGUUUUCAUGGACACUUUUUGGUUGCCAAAAAGGUGGCUCAGGAGGUUGGGUCUUCAUUCUUGAUGCUUGAAUUGCCAUUUGUAAAAUGUUCUGGUGGGGAGAAUACCUCAGGUGAACAUGAAGCAGUGAGCAAGUUCCAAGGUUUAGCUAGUAGUUUGGUUCCACAGAAAGUUGGUUCAGUUGCUUCGGUAAGUCCGUCGAGGUUUUGCAUAACCAAUGAUGUUCAUUCACAGAUGGUUAAGUUAUUAGCUCCGCAUAUUGAUUUAUCAAUAUCAAGGCUAAGUCCAUCAACGUCUGUUUCUGAGGUGGGGUCAAAAGAAAUUCAGCUGCAAUCCAGUUAUGAGGCCCCACAAUUUGCUCAAUCAAUUUAUCCAUUUCUUGUGGAUCUGCAUAAUAUUUUUGCGGAUAUCCCAUCAAUGGGAAAGGCUCUAGCUUGUGCACAAAGGAUGUUUUAUGAUGUGAAAAGAGGUGAAGCUGUAGAUACCAAAGUUAUAUCUGAAGUCUACGCCUUCCGGAUUGCAGUUGAGGGGCUAAGAAUCUCUAUGAACAAUGCUGGUCGGCUUCCCAUUAAUAAAAUAAGGAAUCCAAACUUAAAUGAGAUUGAUUUUUCUGAGCUUCCAGUUGAGGACAAGUCAUAUGCUCUCUUUGUUCAGGCCCUUCGCAGCCAGACUAAGAAGUUCAAGACUAUAGUGGCAGUAGUGGAUGCUAGUGGCUUGGCAGGUCUUAGAAAACACUGGAACACCCAUGUACCUCUGGAGGUCAAGGAUUUGGUUUGUCAGCUUGUUACUAAUUGUGAAGGCGAGGGGGAAAUGUCAAACGAUACUGAUAGGAAGCGGCUAAUAACUAAUAAACCUUUGGUGGCAGUAGGGGCAGGGGCAACAGCAGUUUUAGGAGCCUCUUCGUUCUCUAAGGCUGUGACACUCAAAGUUCCUGCUUCAACCUUUAUGAAAGUUUUGACACUCAAAGUUCCUGCUUCACUUAAACUCUUUCUAAGCCAAACCCAUAAGACAGUGGGACUUGCCCUUAGUAAGACCCUUGGCCCAUCAAAAGUGGUAGCUCCAGGUUUUAUGAGUUCUGGAGUCAAAUCAACAUCUAUAUUGAAAGCAACUGCUUCUGCUGAGAAGAUCCGAGCAGCUGCCCAUAGUGUUAUAGCUGCUGCUGAGAAGACUAGCUUUUCAGCCAUGAGAACUGCAUUCUAUCAAAUAAUGAGGAAACGGCGGCUCCAGAAAAUCGGUGUCCUACCAUGGGCUACAUUUGGGUGUAGUAUGGCAACUUGUGCCGGGUUGGUUGCAUAUGGAGAUGGGAUUGAAUGUGCUGCUGAAUCUCUACCUGCAGCUCCAUCAAUUGCCAGUUUGGGUCGUGGGAUUCAAAAUUUACACCUGGCAUCUCAGGAAGUGGCACAGAGAGAUAGCACCAGAUUACAAAAAUCGAUUGAAUCCCUCAUGUACAGGUUUAAGAAAGUCAGAACUCAGUAGCGAGAAUGCAAUUCUUAUCAUAUUUGCAUAAUAGUGGAUGCUCUACACAAAGUGGUUGAUGGCUAAAAGAUGGACUUCAUGUAAAAGAAAGAAAAGAGUGUCUAGAGCAGGGGUUAGAGCAGGGGUUCUUCAUGUCGUCAUUUUUAGUUUUUUCUGCUUCUGUAUUGGUACUCUUUUCUAGAAAUAGAAACAAAUUUUGCAGAAACUUUUC